UGGGUGGAGGUUAUAAGCUGUGACAUGUGAGGCACAAUAACCAGUUCUCAAAGCCUCGUCUACAGCAGCUACAGCAUGGCCUUUAAAAGGAAGAAGAAGUCUGCUCCGACAGAGGACUGGCAGACGGCCACGUCUAUUUAUGACUUCUCAGCGAUAGAUAUUGAUGGCAACUUCGUUUCCCUAGAAAAAUACAGGAGGGAUGUCGUCAUCAUCACCAACGUUUGCUCUAAAUGAUGAUUUAAAACCCCAAUAAACUACUCUCAGUUGGCUGACAUGCACGCCAGGUACGCUGAGAGAGGUUUACACAUCCUUGGCUUCCCUUCUAACCAGUUUGGGAACCAGAAUUCAAUUCAAUACGAAUUGGAAACUCAGAUCAAGGAGAUGGCCAGUUCCUACAACGUCCAGUUUGACAUGUUCAGUAAGAUUGAUGUGAACGGGGAUACCACUCAUCCUCUGUGGAAGUGGCUGAAAGAGCAGCCCAACGGGAGAGGCUUACUGGGAAAAAGCAUCAAGUGGAAUUUCACCAAGUUUCUGAUCAACAGAGAGGGUCAGGUGGUAAAGAGAUACGGACCCCUGGUUGACCCAAGGGCGGUGGAGAAGGAUCUUCCCCUAUACCUGUAA